GUCACGAUGCUCGCUACUGCCUAAAUACGAAUUUCGCCGCCGCAGCGAUGCUCCGGCAGGUAUGUUAGUUAAUAUACGCGAGCCGUGCAAUUGGCACUUGACCACAGAGGCCGCUACGCUGGCCAAAAAGCGGCGAGCUCUCCGAGUUUUACUAGCGUCAUAAGGACACUAGCGCAAAAGCAAAGCGCUGCAAUCGCGCCGCAAUAGCUGCAACACGCGCUGGCCGGCGUGCGGGCACACUUACAGUAGUGCUGACCACGCUAAGUGACUUGGUGGACACGACGCCGCCGCCGCUCCCACUUUGACCUUGGCCCUCACCCUUGCAGCAGCCAAAACCGCUGCGCGCAAUGGCGCUGGGCGCGGUGACGGCGCUCCUCUGCCUCGCACAAGCAACCGCAACCAAAACCGUCGCCGUCGACGCGCUCCCGCCCAACUUAUUAGCGUUACCCGAUGGUUUCGCCUUCGGCGCCGCGACCGCGGCCUACCAGAUCGAAGGCGCCGCUUCAGAAGGAGGCCGCGGCCCUUCUAUAUGGGAUGCCUUCUCCCAUGAAAAAGGCAAGACCCACGAUGGCGAUAGCGGCGACGUCGCCGACGACCACUACCAUCGCUACCCAGAAGAUAUUGAUUUGCUGGCCAAGGCGGGCAUCAAACACUACCGUCUAUCAAUAUCGUGGAGCCGGUUAAUGCCGGACGGUAGGACUUUGAAUGACGAGGGCGUCGCGUUCUACUCGGCGUUGCUGGACCUACUGGUAGAAAAAAAUAUCGAACCGCGAGUGACACUGUACCACUGGGACCUUCCACAAGCUCUCGAAGAUGAGUAUAACGGCUGGCUCUCUCCAUCAAUAGUGGAGGACUUUGCUGCAUAUGCUGAAAAAUGUUUUGAGCUGUUUGGUCAUCACGUAAAAACCUGGACGACGUUCAACGAGCCCCUGACGUUCGUGGGGGGCGGCUACGGCACGGGCGUCAUGGCGCCGGGUCGGUGUUCCGAUCGAUCACGAUGUAUUGCUGGAGACUCGGAGACCGAACCGCUACUAGCGGCUCAUAAUGUGUUACUAGCACAUGCGCACGCUGCUUCUAGGUUUAGGGCACGAUUUUCGAAAGGAUACAGCAUAGACAUGGUGAACUGCGGCUGGAUGGCCUGGCCGCUCCGGGACGGGUCGGUAGAUGAUAUGAACGCGGCUUCGAGCUUCAUGGAGGCGCAGUGGGCCUGGUUCCUCGACCCGUUGGUGCGAGGGGAUUACCCGCCAUCAUUGAAAGCUCGGGCACCGGCACUGCCCCAGUUUACCAUCGAGGAACAAACACUACUCAAGGGUUCUGUGGAUAUGUUAGGGGUGAACUACUACACCAGUCGCUAUGUCGCCGCGGCCGACGCCGUCUACCCCGCGGCAUCCGUGGGAGACGCGGCGGGCAUUCCCGCGCUCAACGGCGAGUACCACCUCGCGACGACACGAUCGUUAUCAGAAGGCGAUCCAAGAAUUGGCGUCGUCGGUGGUUCGCCCUGGCUCUACGUCGCUCCUGAUGGUCUCACGGAUGUCCUCCUGUGGCUCCAAGACCGGUAUCAUCUACCAAUGGCCGUCACCGAGAAUGGGUGCGACCAGCCUUCCGGCGAAGACGAGCGCGACGAUGUCUGGAGGAUCGACUACUUGAGGAGCCACAUCGACGGCGUCGCUACAGCCAUACAACGGGGCGCCGACGUGCAGGCCUACUACGCUUGGUCUUUGCUCGACAAUUUCGAGUGGGCGGACGGCUACUCGAAGCGCUUCGGGCUGGUCUUCGUCGACUAUAAUACGUUAACGAGAACACCGAAGCGGUCCUUCGCGUGGUAUGCGCGUCUUAUACAUGCGCACGCUUCCUCAUCUUUGCUGUUGGUAGACGAUGUGGCGCCGGGACGGGACCUGAAGAUGGUGCGGGCCGUUUCUGCGGUGUUGCUGUUUCUCCUUUGCGUGAUGGUCGUGUCGCGAUUUCUUCCUAAAAGGAGAAGGUUGCGAGCGCCGCGCUACAUCGAGAUCUCCGAGGUUGUUACGAUGCCGAACGUCGAGAGCGGCGUGGAGGUGUUCUAAGUACCUGUGUUGUUUCUUUGUCGCGUCGAUGGCGUGUUGGUUUGUGAUCCCGAGGAGUCCGAUCCAGAAGGAGUCCGAGCCUGCCGCGGACACGCGCCGAGCCCGAGUCGGAGGCGACCGCCGCGCCCGAUGAGGGAAGAGUCGUCGCCUGGUGGGACUGGUGAGUGUAUGCGGCGAGUCUUGUUUCGUUCGUCCGGCUCGCGAAGCGGAGCUGAUCUGCUGAUUCUGCUGUAGCUCUGCGUCCAGCACACAGCUGCUGUCCGCUGUCAGUGUCUCAUACUCGUCGCAGAGCUUCGUUUUGACAGCAGUGCUCGCCUGGCCGACGGCCGUUCGACAGCUCGACGCUGGCGCGCGCUGCAGAUACCUACAAGCCCAGGGGUGCUUUUGGCUGCGCGGCGGCGCCGUCCGGGGCCCUCCGCCCCCCGUGCCCAACGAGAAAGGCACCUCGUAUUACGUGGAGCGGCUCGCGGAGUUUCGACCGCCGUGCUUUACGAGAUGCGCCAUCGCCGCGCGCGCCGCGCGUUGACCAACUACUCACAGGCACAAGUUCAUGCGCCUGAAGCGCCCCUCCGUCCACGUCGCGCGCGGUGUCACGGCCCCUCCACGACGUCGAGGCGUCAUUGUGGUUACUACACAGGUCGCGCGGGCGAUCGACCGCGCCCUGUCCGGCGAGAUGGUGAAGACAUUACGACCCGCAGCUAGAGGCGACGGCGACGGCGCGCCGCGCCACGUCAAGCACGCCCACAAGGCCAAGAAGCCCGACGCGUUAGUGCUCGCCUUCCAGCAGGCGUUGUUAAGGAACCCGGCGCCCGGCGCGUUUCAGCCGCCGCCGGCGCUCGCGCCCGCCGCCGCGGCCGGCCGGAACCGCCGCCGCGCGAAGAUGCUCAUGGUGCGCAAGAAGACCAAGUCCUACGCCAACGCGCAGGGCAUCAAGGCCGUCUCGACCAAAAGACCGCUCGGCAUCCGCAAGCGCUAAACCCCGAACCCCCUACUAGUAGCACGAAGGCUAAGAACAAGAA